AUGGUGCUGGCCAGUUUUCGAGGAACGGUGCAGCAUGGCUUGCCUCUGGAGAUCGGUGACACGGUGCAGAUCCUGGAGAAAUGUGAAGGUUGGUACAGAGGAUUUGUCCUCAAGAACCCGAAUGCCAAGGGCAUUUUCCCAUGCAGCUACAUCCAUCUGAAGAAUGCUAAUAUCAAGAAUAAAGGGCAGUUCGAGACGGUGGUGCCGACCGAAGACUCUGUCAUUACGGAGAUGACGUCCACCCUGAGGGACUGGGGAGCCAUGUGGAAGCAGCUCUUUGUGAAAAAUGAAGGAGAUCUGUUUCACAGACUGUGGCAUGUGAUGAAUGAGAUUUUGGACCUCAGGCGGCAGGUUUUGGUGGGUCACUUGACCCACGACCGCAUGAGGGACGUCAAACAGCACAUCACGGCACGUCUGGACUGGGGCAACGAGCGGCAGGUUUUGGUGGGUCACUUGACCCACGACCGCAUGAGGGACGUCAAACAGCACAUCACGGCACGUCUGGACUGGGGCAACGAGAUGUGCUCGUCAAUCAUAACCUCAUUACAUGUACUUCCUCCUGUGUUUGUUCCUGGCCGCUGCCAGACAGAUGAAAAACAAAUAAACAGUUUUCAUCAGGGAAACACACCUGCAGUGGAGGCUAUGGAGAAUCGGCACAGAAAGAAGGAAACUCCAACUCCUGUCAGCACACAUCACCUGUUUGUCCAUCUGAAGAGUCUGAUGAGCUCAAACCUGGGUGAAGAGCUGGAGGUCUUCUUCUUCAUCUAUGAUAGUCGAGAGAACAAACCGCUCAGUGAAAGGUUCUUUGUUAAACUCAAUAAAAACGGUCUGCCCAAGUUUCCCGAGAAGACUGAAAGACAAUGCACACUUUUUGUGGAUCUGGGCAGCGGCGACCUGAGGAAAGACGUGUAUAUUGUGGUACACAUCAUUAGGAUUGGGAGGAUGGGUGCAGGAGAGAAGAAGAACACGUGUAAUGUGCAGUACAGACGUCCGUUCGGCUGUGCGGUGGUCAGCAUCGCUGAUCUUCUCACUGCUGACUCCAAAGAUGACCACCUGCUGAAGGUCUAUGCCUGCAACACAGAGAGCGACUGGAGUCAAAUCCACGACAACAUCAUUAAGAAAGUCAACUCCAGAUACAACCUCUCAGGAUCCAACACAGGUCUGGCGGUGGCGCUUCAGUUGCUGCAUGGCGACAUCGAGCAGCUGCGGAGAGAAUACAUGGUGCUCUUCACUAGAGGAGUGUCCAUUACCAAAAAACUAGGCUUCUCUGAUGUCAUCAUGCCAGAGCUGGACGGGAAAAACAGACCCACCGUCUGCGUCUGGGCAUCUGCGCACAUGCGCAAACCUGCAGCUGGCGGCACAGUUGUUGAUUCAGGUGCAGGAACUGCUUGCCAGGUGGCUGAAGACUAUAUGAGAGAGAGCGAUGAGGACGAUAUAAUACUGCACGCUUUUAAUGAGCACCAAACAGGCCGUGUACUGUACCUGAUCAGCUUCCUGUGCAUCCUGUCCCUGUGUGAGGAGAACGCUAACCUGCAAGACUGUGCUCGCUACCUCAAACUGCCCUUCUCGAAAUCAAAUCUGCCCGGCAACAACCAAACUAUGAAAGGCACUAAGGAAUCCCUAUGGAUCACAUCAUUCCUCUGUUCUACCAAACUCACUCAGAACGGUGACAUGCUGGACUUACUGAAGUGGAGAGCCCAUCCGGAGAGAAUCAGUGACAGCCUGUCUAAACUCAAAGAGAUCGAUGGCUCAGAAAUAGUUAAGUUUUUACAAGAUACACUGGACACACUUUUUGGCAUUUUGGAUGAGAGUUCACAAAGAUAUGCACUCAAGGUGUUUGAUUGUCUGGUGCACAUUAUAAACUUGCUCCAGGACAGCAAGUUUCAGCAUUUUAAACCAGUCAUGGACACCUACAUUGAAAGCCACUUUGCAGGAGCCCUGUCAUACAGGGAUCUGAUCAAGGUGCUGAAGUGGUAUGUGGACCGUAUUAUUGAAGCGGAUCGUCAGGAACAUAUCCAACAGGUGCUGAAGGCGACGGAGUAUAUUUUUAAGUAUAUUAUCCAGUCACGACGGCUGUUUGCGCUGGCCACGGGCGGACAGAACGAGGAGGAGUUCCGCUGCUGUAUGCACGAGCUUUUCAUGUCCCUCCGCUUCUUCCUCUCGCAGGAGAACAAGGGCUCACGGCCCAUCACACAGACACAGGCAGUGUUUCUGCAGUCGUUCCCGGCUGUGUACGGGGAGUUGCUGAAGCUCUUUACGGUCAGGGAAGUGGCCACGUUUGUACGGGAGACCUUGGGCAGCCUCCCCACCGUGUCCCAAGCCGACUGCCCCCUGGAGGCCGUCAAACUGCACUGCAUCGCCAAAACCGUAGAGAGCCAGCUCUACACAAACCCUGAGUCUAGAUGUAUCCUGCUCCCGGUGGUGCUGCGUUUGCUCCAGGCUCACAUGCAGGAGCAGCGAGAUCUCGUCAUGUGCGCUCACAUACUCACCUGCAUGCUGUCUCUCCUCAAGAAAGACGACAAGGAGCCAGCCGCAUCUGAAGAGGUGGAUCUGAUCGUGGAGAGUGUUUUGGGUGUGUUACUGCGGACCAUAUUGGAAAUCGCUAACCGGCCACAACCAGCAGGGCCUACGCUACGGCCCCAAGUUCAAGACGUUACGGUCAUGCGGCUCGUCACUAACAACAUCGUCAUCACCACGGUACUCUACCUGUCAGACGCUUUAAGAAAAAGCUUCCUCAAUGACAAGUCCGGAGCGGUGGAGGCAAAACUAAUCGACAAGCUGGACAGCCUCAUGUCAGAGGGCAAAGGAGACGAAACGUACAGAGAGCUUUUCAACAGCAUCAUCUUUCACGACAUGAUGGACUGGGAGCAGCGCCGGAGCGGCAACUUCAAACAGGUGGAGGCAAAACUAAUCGACAAGCUGGACAGCCUCAUGUCAGAGGGCAAAGGAGACGAAACGUACAGAGAGCUUUUCAACAGCAUAUACAAAAUUACACUCUUUGUGUUUUACAGAGACUGUAUGAAGUUGGGGGAAGUGGAUGGAAAAAAGAUUGGCUGUACAGUCAGUCUGCUGAACUUCUACAAAACAGAGCUGAAUAAAGAGGAAAUGUACAUCCGCUACAUUCACAAGCUGUAUGACCUGCAUCUGAAAGCGCAGAAUUACACAGAGGCCUCAUAUACACUUCUGCUGUACGACGAGCUGUUGGAAUGGUCUGAGAGACCCUUGCGGGAGUUUCUGAGUUACCCGAUGCAGAGUGAGUGGCAGAGGAAGGAGUAUCUGCACCUCACCAUCGUCCAGAACUUUGACCGUGGAAAGUGUUGGGAGAACGGCAUCAUCCUGUGCAGAGAGUUAGCGGACCAGUACGAAUCCUACUAUGACUACAGAAACCUUAGCAAAAUGAGGAUGAUGGAAGCUUCGUUUUAUGAUAAAAUAAUGGACCAACAGCGUCUGGAGCCAGAGUUCUUCCGAGUGGGCUUCUACGGCAAGAAGUUCCCUUUCUUUCUACGGAAUAAGGAGUUUGUGUGCCGUGGUCAUGAUUACGAGCGUCUGGAGGCGUUCCAGCAGCGCAUGCUCAAUGAGUUCCCUCAUGCCAUCGCAAUGCAACACGCCAACCAGCCUGACCAGACCAUCUACCAGGCUGAAGCCCAAUAUCUUCAGAUCUAUGCUGUCACACCAAUCCCAGACAGCCAGGACGUCCUGCAGCGCGACGGCGUCCCCGACAACAUCAAGAGCUUCUAUAAGGUUAACCACAUCUGGAGAUUUCGCUACGACCGCCCGUUUCACAAGGGCACCAAAGACAAAGAAAACGAAUUUAAGAGUCUGUGGGUAGAAAGAACAACGUUAACGCUUGUUCAGAGUCUCCCAGGCAUCUCGCGCUGGUUUGAAUUUUACACUCCCAUGCUUGUGGAGGUGAGUCCUCUGGAGAAUGCUAUCGAGGUCAUCGAGAACAAGAACCUGCAACUGCGGACGCUGAUCACGCAAUGUCAAACCCGGCAGAUGCAGAACAUCAACCCCCUGACCAUGUGUCUCAACGGAGUCAUUGACGCGGCUGUCAACGGAGGUCUCGCUCGCUAUCAGGAGGCGUUCUUCGUGAAGGACUACAUCAUGAAUCACCCCGAAGACGGAGACAAAAUCGGCCGUCUCCGAGAGCUCAUGUUUGAGCAGGCUCACAUACUGGAGUUUGGUUUGACGGUGCAUGAGAAGUUCGUUCCUCAGGACAUGCGGCCUCUGCACAAGAAACUGGUGGAUCAGUUUCAUCUGAUGAAAUCCAGCCUCGGCAUACAGGAGUUUCCAGCCUAUGUGCGAGCCAGUCCGAUCCACUUCAACGGAAGCCCUCGAGCCGGAAGAAACUCAGCACCCAACAUAAUGAGUCCAGAGGGAGGAGCGCGUGUGGUGUCACGCCGCAGUCCCCUCAGCUACCCAGCGGUCAACCGCUACUCUUCAUCCUCGCUGUCGUCGCAGGCCUCCAAUGAAGUGAGCAACAUCACGGGCCAAUCAGAGAGCUCAGAUGAAGUCUUCAACAUGCAGCCAAGUCCGUCUACCUCAAGUCUCAGUUCCAAUCACUCUGCCUCUCCCAACGUGACCAGCUCGGCUCCGUCUAGUGCCAGAGCAGAGCUACUGAGGUUUGAUGCCGGCACAGCAACACAAGAACGCAUGUUAAAUUUUACAGCGACCAAGCAUUCUUGGGCAGAGACCGUCACAAAUGGGCGGGGAUUUCUCCCUACAAUGACGUUGGUGAAGCCCGCACCAAGUAGCUGGAGUCUAGACAUGCCGCUCUCUGAUUUUAAUGGAAAGUGUCCCCCUGUCCCUCCUAGACCACCGUACUCAGGAUCUCCUGCCAAGACUACACGAUCACAGUCCCCCGUGAUGACAUCACGCUCGCCGCAGAAGACCUCUGUGCCUCCGUUCACCCCCUCACCCACAGAGUGCCAGUCGACAGGGUUGGUGUCGAAUUCUCCGGUGCUUUCCGGAAGCUACAGCAGUGGCAUCUCGUCUCUCAGUCGCUGCAGCGUCUCUGAGGCCUCCGGAACUGAGAACACGCCCACUGACCACGCUCUCCCAAACUCCGCCUCCAGUGGAUCAGAUGAGCUCAUUCGACGGGAGAACAAAACCCCGCCUCCCUACAGCAUACACGAUCGGAACAACCCCCGCAGACAGGUCCCACUUCCACCGAGCCUGUCGAUUCCUCCAAGCAUCGACGCGCCACCUAUUCCUCCCAAACCGCACCAGAUUCGAAGGCAAGACACUGAGCCGCGCCGACCAGACCAGUUUCCCAGACCCCGACCCAUUCCCAGGAAAGUCUCACAGCUCUAACGCUGCGCCCUUCACUCCAUCCCCACCAUUUGCACUUUUACACUUAACCUCUCUGGGUUUACGAAUACAAACUCCCGAUUUAGAUUAAAGUGGUCAUAUGAUGUUGCUAAAAAGAACAUUAUUUUGUGUAUUUGGUGUAAU